UUACCAUGCCUACAAGUUAACCAUAUGCACAUGGUGUUUACUUUAACGAUUCCCACUGCUUCAUUAUCUCUAAAAACAGUAUGCAGAGAAUCUCAAUCCCAACUCAGCAUUUGUAAGGUUCAGUUAAAAAUCAUGCAUUCUCCUUUCUUUAAAGGAAGCUACAUAAUUUUGUUUUUAUUAACUUGAGUUGCUUUAAUGAAGAACGUUAGCUAUUGACUCAGUGGUAGUAAACCAAAAGUAGUAUAUUGAUUUUGAUUUUUAGAGAUAUUACGGGAAAUCCAUUUUACCUAUAUUUAGCCAAUAUUUAAUGUCAGCAAAAUCUUUUUUGCUUCCAAUAUGAAUCCAAGCUAAAACCUAAAAGUAUCGUAUUGGGCUAAAGUGAAAUUACUACUAAACAUUGAGUAAUAAUUUGUGCUAUAUUGUUGCCUUUGAAAAAAUGACACAGACAAUAAGGACAUUUUGUGACAUUUUAAAAGUGAAAACUGAAAAGGUUGACAGUAAAUUGUCAAAAUACGGCUCAUGUGUGGACGAAUGGUACGAUAGUUUGACAGGAAGAAAGAAAUACAUACUGGAAAUGACCCUGAAGUUACCACUGGUUGUGAUUAUGUAUCUUUGGACUAAUGGCCUUGCUCCUUACUACAACAACUGGCUUCCAGAUGCCCCUUUCAUCGUAAUUAGAUAUCUAGGGCUCUUCAUUGUCAUGAUCAGGAUUUUAUCCAGUUUCGAGAACCUCUUUCCCUUCUACGUAGCAACGUUUUUCGUUUCUGCAUCGUCCGUUGUUUCCCAAUACGUGUACUGGAUUUCCCGAAGUCCAGCGGAGGAAGCGUGCUUUCCAGAAGCGGUUGGACCUUGCUGGGGCGCCGGAGAUCCGCUAUGGAUCCCUACCAUUUUUGCAAUCGUUAUGCGGUUUUUGUGUAUGUUCAAGCGAUUGUAUGAUGGCGAUGACGUAGUCUUCAUGGUCGUUCCUUUGUCGUCAUGUUUAAUAACCCUGCUCAUGAGUUCCAUACCCUGGUAUAUUGUAGCUGAAAUAGAUUACCUGGCUAACGGUUUAUUCUUGAUCGAGUCAUUUUUAAUGAUGUUUGUGCUAUGCGAAGAAAAGGACAUAUUGAGUGUUAACACAAAACUAAUAAAAUUGCGUAGUCAGUUAGCAAGAGAAGAAGGCAGUGAAGGAAGAAAACAGGUUGAUGAGCUUUUGAAAUAUUAUGAGAUGAAAAAGGAAAGUAUUGAUGUCAUGAACAUAAUAUUAUAUGAUGCCGGGAACAGGCUAUUAGAUGAUGGUGUGAACGGGCUAUUAAAAGAUGCCAAAAACAUGAUAUUAAAAAAUACCGAGAACUUGCAAAAAGUGCUGACAAAGGACGUUACAGAUCUAAUAUCCGAUAUAUUAGCCCUUUUUAGUACGAUGAACAUCCUCAUAAUCUUAUUUAUUCGCCUAUGGUAUUUGUUAAAUGGUUUUGACCCUUAUCACAUACACUUCAACCAUUUGAUUGAUCUUAUUUUCUCUUCAUUUUCCGACAGCUGCAACAAUAUUAUAACGCUCAUUGGAUUGGCCUGUGUGUUAGGAAAAUUGUCCCAUAUAUUAAUAAAUGUUAUUAAUGAAUUUCUGAAUGUGGCUCAGCCUAACUUUGAUAACUUACGUUAUCCUGAGGCAGAAUUGUUCUUUAUGUUAGCUAGCGUCGAAGGAGGUAUACUUUCUGUUGAUUCAAAAACAAGGGAAAGAAAUUUAGAGGGUGUUCUGUUGAUGACGAUAUUUCAAGUUAUCUUGCAUACGCUUGGCACAGUAGAAUAUGAAAUUCUUGCCCUCGCAAACGCAGGAGGAAGAACAUCUCACAUGUGCCUUGUGAAACUUGGACUGGUCUUAGCAACCAUAACUAUGGGGCCGACAUUUUUUGUCAUCACACAUGCCACACCGGCUUUACAUGUCAAUUUUUGGCAUCUUUUCAAUCUUACCGGAAAUUUUGCCUUAUUAAUGAGGGUAUUUUUCUUGCUUUUAGAAUGUUUCUUGCUUUGGAUUUCAUGGCAUUUAACUCAAUUAAACGACAAAAUCCAAAUAGUUUUGAAUAUUGUCAUGGUGAUAAAAGGAAUUUCAAUAUUGACGUCGGAUCUUUUGAUGACAUACUAUCGCUUGAUGGCCCCCUUCUUGGCGGCAUUCUUCUGGUUGCGUGUAGUUUAUAACAUCGGUUUGCUAAUAUAUUGGAUUAUUGGAUUCAUUAAAACUGAAUGGGCAAAAUAUAAAAUCAGAAACGAGCUCCUGGACUUUAUCAAUGGACUUCCAAAUGCCACGUUAAACGAAGACAGCACAGAAUGUUCUGUAUGUUACAUUGAAAUGGACAUUGCGAAGAAACUUCCUUGUGGGCACACGUUUCACCGUGAUUGCAUCAAGGGAUGGUUUCAGGUGCGAACCGUGUGCCCAUACUGUAACACUGCCGUGUACAUUCCCCGACGAAUCCAUAAACCCGAGGGAGUUGCAAUCGUCAACCAGAAUCAGGCAGGUGUAGAUCAGCAGAGGCAACAACAGCUUCUACAAUUGCACCAACAGGAAGUGCAACAGAGGCAAAUUCAAGCCCUUCUUCCAGAACAUCACCACGAACAUAUUCAGUAAGAAUGACUUUUCCUAUAACACGAACAUUCUUCCAGUGAAUAUAUAUACUGAUGAUGUUAAGAAAUGAUGCUAAUUCAUUAACACUGAAAAAUGUCCAGAAAUGAUACUUUUGUCCUGUUUGACAUGUUGCUAAUACUAUAUACAUAUAUCGUAUGACUGUUAUAUUAUGAAUGUCAUGUUACUAUGACUGCUUACUGGUUAUUUGCUUGUUUGUUUUCAAUGUAACACAUUCAAUUGACAAAAUGUAAUAACAAAUAAUUUGAUGAUUAUGUCUUUUAAUCAAUGCUUUGAUUUAUUAUUAGAUAAUUUAAUUAUAUAAUUCUAACGAUGAAAUGCUAGAUUGGAUCCGUGGAAUGUUUGAAUUGUCCUUGUAAGGUACAUAGUUCUUAUUUUAGCUCUCAUAAUUAAAUACUUAUCGGCCCGUUAAAACUUAUAUGAUGGGUGUUUUUGGAAUGUUUGAUCGUGUUCCCAACGUUGAUUUAUAACUGAUAACUCCAGGCUUUGUUUCAGAAGCUGCUGUAAAGGAUGAUUUGCAAUGCAUGUAGUUACAAUUUAUAUACACGCAAAUAAAGGUACACUUGAGUUCUCAUCAAUACAACUUGCAGUUUCUCCAUAGAAGUGGUGGUAUGUUUUUGGGUGUCAAGUUCCGCUUCCUGUGACCUUGUGAUUAAAUUACAAUUCAGAUCCAAUGCAUAAAUGGCAUAUGUGAUGGUUUUAUAG